ACGGGUUAUAUCGCAAGAUAAACAAGCCUUAUCAAACGCGCGAUUACAUAUCGUCAGUCAGGUGCACGCUUCGCUACUACACGGUCAUGUGAACUCCAAGAUGGCUUCCGGAAACCUUCAAGACAUCAAAAUCGAACAUAAAAGAAGACACACACAAGGCCCUGCGCAGAUAGAAGCUAGAAUCCCUAAAGUGUCAACGAGGAGUCAACCGGAAUUGUAUGAUGUGCAUAGUAGUGAAAAAAAGUCACGCAGUGAUUUUGUUUAUGUGAAUUCAGCUUAUGUUGGGAGUGUGGACGAUGUGAAUCAGCCUCGGUUAAGUGCGCCACCUACAUGUGUCGUCCGUGAGCAGUACUGGGCUUGCUCAAGAUGGCCGUAUGGGCAGCGCAUCCUCGCCAUCUCCGUGGGUUUGCUCUUGGGCACCGUCAUCGGGCUGACGGUCAUCGUGAUCCUCAGGGGAAUGGACAAGGAGAUCGGGCCAGGGUUCUUGGUGAGGCAGUCGGUGCCGGAUUAAGAAGAUAGAAACAGCACAGUGUUAAUGUUGUUGUAUGGACUAUGUACUUUAUGCAUAACAAAAAUGUAAAUUUGUAAAGUGUGUACUUUAAUUUUGUUUUGUUGUGUUGAUUUUCAUAUGUUGUGAUGGCACAUUUAGAUAGGGUGUGAUACUGUCAGUGACCUUCUUUGUAGGAGAGACAUCACGUAAAUAAAUAAGGUUGAGGGGAUUAGUUACAUGCAUGCAAGGUAAUCUAAUCACGGUCCAUAUCCCGGUCGAUAGGUAACUGUUACAGCAAUACUGUUACAGCAAUAUACAUAAUUAAUUGUGAUGUUACAUAUUCACAUAUUGUUACAUUAAUUUACAAUAAUGAGUCAUCGCUGUUGUGUUAAUCUUAAGUUUUGUUAAUGUAGGUAGCGUAGAGUUAGACCAAGAAAAGUCUGCAGUGAUUUUGAUAGCAUACGCAGU